AUGGAAGGCUUCAACCGCUCCGAGUUCCUAGGCACGGUAUUCGAGUCUACAAAGCGCUCGGCACAUGAUCAGAUUACGGGACAGGCAGUCGCCAUUAAAAAGGUCAUCAAGCCGUUCGAGACUGCCACAGUGGCAAAGCGUACCUUUCGAGAGGUGAAACUCUUGAAGCAUUUUCGACACGAGAAUCUCAUCGGUCUUUGUGACAUUUUUGUCUCUCCACUGGAGGACAUAUAUUUAGUGACUGAACUCCUUGCGACGGAUUUGAAUCGGUUGAUGAGAUCUAAACCCCUGGAACCCCAGUUUGUCCAAUACUUUACCUACCAGAUCUUGCGUGGUCUGAAGUACAUCCACUCCGCCGGCGUUAUCCAUCGGGACCUCAAGCCUAGCAAUAUUUUAGUUAACGAGAAUUGCGACCUGAAGAUAUGCGAUUUUGGGCUCGCACGAGUGAAGGAACAUCAGAUGACCGGCUAUGUGUCUACACGCUAUUAUCGAGCACCGGAAAUCAUGCUGACAUGGCAGAGAUACGGCGUGGAGGUAGACCUCUGGAGUACCGGGUGCAUUCUCGCCGAGAUGCUCUCUGGAAAGCCCCUGUUUCCCGGGAAGGACCAUAUCAAUCAAUUCUACUUGAUUAUCGACCUCUUGGGCAACCCUCCUGAUGAGGUCAUCGAUCGAAUUUGCAGUAAGAACAUAGUUAAGUCACUUGGGAAUAGACAGCCACGCUGUCUAAGGACAAUGUUCUCGAGCGUCGAUGAAGCUGCCGUGGACCUCCUCGACAAGUUCUUGGUCUUCGACCCACACGCCAGGAUAUCGGCCAGCAAUGCUUUAGAGCACCGCUAUUUGCAGAUAUAUCAUGACCCUACUGAUGAGCCCAGCGUCGAAAGACCAUUCGAUUGGUCGUUCGACGGCGCUCGACUCUCCAAGGAGACCCUCAAGCUUAUGAUGCACGUUUCCCCGGUAUAUGCAGAAGUGCUGGAUUACCACCAAUCCGACGAAUUAGCCCACCCAGUUACCCUUGCUGAAGAGCCGAUGUCCGGAGCUGAUCUACUCCCGAAUUUCAGCACAUUUCCCGUGCCAGGACGGGAGACCGAUACAAACCCGGACUCCACGUUUAGCCUCUUGGAGCCUUGGUCCACGUGGGACAUUGGAGGCCUUGACCUAUCAUUACCAGCAUCAGAUUACGUGGAUCCAGCUGGUCCUAGUUUACCGACAACAAUUGGGUGA